AUGAUAUCGUUGCAUGACCUGUACACGGUCCUCGCGGCGGUGGUUCCGCUCUACGUGGCGAUGAUCCUGGCGUACGGCUCGGUGAGGUGGUGGGGCAUCUUCACGCCCGACCAGUGCUCCGGCAUCAACCGCUUCGUCGCCAUCUUCGCCGUGCCGCUGCUCUCCUUCCACUUCAUCUCCACCAACGACCCCUACGAGAUGAACCUCCGCUUCCUGGCCGCGGACACGCUGCAGAAGUUCCUCGUCCUGGCCCUGCUCGCCGCGUGCUCCCGUCUGAUCCCCUCGCGGCUGGACUGGUCCAUCACGCUCUUCUCGCUGUCGACGCUGCCCAACACGCUCGUCAUGGGGAUCCCUCUGCUCGUAGCCAUGUACGGCCCCUACGCUGGCUCGCUCAUGGUCCAGAUUGUCGUGCUCCAGUGCAUCAUCUGGUACACGCUGCUGCUCUUCCUCUUCGAGUUUCGCGCCGCUCGCAUGCUAAUCGCUGAUCAGUUCCCCGACACCGCGGCGUCCAUCGUGUCGCUGCAUGUAGACCCCGACGUGGUGUCGCUGGAGGGCGGCCGUGCGGAGACGGAGUCCGAGGUGGCGGCCGACGGGCGGCUGCAUGUCACCGUGCGCCGGUCCUCGGUGUCGAGGCGGUCGACGCUGCUGGUGACGCCGCGGCCGUCAAAUCUGACGGGCGCGGAGAUCUACUCCUUGAGCUCGUCGCAGAACCCCACCCCGCGGGGCUCCAACUUCAACCAGGCGGACUUCUUCGCCGUCGUCGGUGGUGCGCCGCCCGCCAGGGUGGGCGACUCGAGCUUCGGCGCCUCCGAGCACUACUCGGUGCAGUCGUCGCAGAGGCCGACGCCGAGGGAGUCCAACUUGGAGGAGCACUCGGCAGGGCCAAAGCAAGCCAUGACAGACGCCGGAGCGCAGCACAACCAUGACGCCAAGGAGCUCCACAUGUUCGUGUGGAGCUCCAGCGCCUUUCCCGUCUCAGAAGUAGUAAGCGGCUUGCCGGUGUUCAGCGGCGGUACAGACGCAGCGCAUCUCGAUGCCGCCGCCAAGGAAAUCCGCAUGGUUGUCCCCGCGGACCCGCCGCAGAAUGGCUCAUGCAAAGAUAACGGGGGCUACACCGCGGCAGCGAGGGGAGGCGGAAAGGCAGUGGAGGACGACGGCGACGCGGUGCAGGCCGGGCCGGACAGGCCGACGGCGAAGCUGAACUCCAGCCCCGGCGAUGAGGACGGAGCGGAAACCGGGAAGCACCAAAUGCCGCCGGCGAGCGUGAUGACACGGCUCAUACUAAUCAUGGUGUGGCGCAAGCUCAUCCGCAACCCCAACACCUACUCCAGCCUAAUCGGCCUCACCUGGUCCCUCAUCGCCUUCCGGUGGCACGUCUCCAUGCCAACGAUGGUCGAGAAGUCCAUCUCCAUCCUCUCGGACGCUGGGCUGGGGAUGGCCAUGUUUAGCCUGGGACUGUUCAUGGCGCUGCAGCCGAGCAUCAUCGCCUGCGGCAACUCCGCCGCCGUCGCCUCCAUGGCCGUCCGCUUCCUCGCGGGCCCUGCCAUCACUGCUGCCGCGUCAGCCGCCGUCGGUCUCCGUGGGACGCUCCUCAAGGUCGCCAUUGUUCAGGCGGCUCUACCACAAGGGAUCGUACCUUUUGUUUUCGCCAAGGAAUACAACGUCCAUCCUGCGAUCCUGAGCACUGCCGUUAUUUUUGGCAUGCUAAUAGCUCUUCCUAUUACAUUGGCCUACUACGCCCUUCUUGGACUGGUACACUGA